CGUCAGGUCAGUACAUAUCUGCAGCAGAGAGACAAACUCUGAUUUUGAUCUUACUUUUUGUUGAACCGAGGCCCAUCUCCAUCCACAGCAUGACAAGCUACACUGACAAAGGAGAAAAACCUGAAAGGGGAAAAUUUGUCAAAUUUCAUCAUAUCACCUUCUGGGUCGGCAAUGCUAAACAGGCGGCGUCCUUCUACUGUGACAAGAUGGGUUUCGAGCCUCUGGCCUACAAGGGCUUGGAGACCGGCAGCCGAGAGGUGGCGUCACAUGCCAUCAGGCAAGAUAAGAUCGUAUUUGUGCUGGAAUCGCCGCUCAAUCCUGGAAACGAAGAGAUGGGAUGGCACUUGAUGAAGCACGGAGACGGAGCCAAAGACAUCGCGUUCCAAGUGGAGGACUGCGACUAUUUAAUUAAGACGGCCAAGGCGCGAGGAGCGGUCAUCGUGAAGGAGCCCUGGGUGGAGCAGGACAUCCACGGGAGGGUGAAAUAUGCUGUGGUUCAGACGUACGGCGAUACUACACACACAUUCAUCGAGUACCUUGAGCCCUACAAAGGCCUUUUUCUGCCCGGUUACAAACAACCGCUGUUUGGAGAUCCUCUCCUAGCCAAACUUCCACCAGCAGGUCUGAGAUUCAUUGAUCACAUUGUGGGAAACCAGCCAGAUGAUCAAAUGGUGCCAGUUUCAGACUGGUAUCAGAAGUGCUUGAUGUUCCAUCGGUUCUGGUCCAUAGAUGACAAGCAGAUCCACACAAAGUACAGUGCACUCAGGUCCAUUGUGGUGACCAACUAUGAAGAAACCAUUAAGAUGCCCAUCAAUGAACCUGCUGUGGGAAAUAAAAAGUCACAAAUACAGGAAUAUGUGGACUACAACGGCGGCCCAGGCGUCCAGCACAUCGCCCUCAACACAUCAAACAUCAUUCAAGCUGUUGUCAACCUGCGUGCCCGAGGGAUGGAGUUCCUCUCAGCACCUGACACCUACUAUGAAAGCCUGCGGGAGAAGCUCAGAAGCGCCAAGAUAAAGGUGAAGGAGGACCUUGACCGUUUACAGGAAUUGAAAAUCCUGGUGGACUUUGAUGACAAGGGCUACCUACUCCAGAUCUUCACCAAACCUGUGCAGGAUAGACCCACCCUCUUCUUGGAGGUCAUCCAGAGGAACAAUCACUUUGGCUUUGGGGCAGGAAACUUCAAGUCUCUCUUUGAGGCCAUCGAGAAGGACCAAGACGCCAGAGGCAACCUCACAGUGCUGACACCUCAGGGUCAGGGCGAGGCCUUCUACUGAUCCUUUGACUUUAUGUGUAAAAAAAAACUCCUGUAAGAAUUUGGAAGCAUGUACAGUAAUCCCUCACCACCUGAAUUUUGAAGCACAUUUGUUUACCUAAAAUGAAGCAUUUUGAAGCAUAAAAAUGUCUAAAAUACAAACAUAAGACAUUGAAAAACAUUGUAAUGACAUGUAGUAUACUAUACUGGUCACUAGGUGUCAGUAAUGUUACAUUGAUGAAGCAAUAGCCACCACAGGAGUAAAACAAACUGUCCGGAUGCAAACACCUGAGUCUUAUUAUGUCUUAUUUAUGCCUUAUUUCUGUCUACUAUAUUACUAUAUUGGGUAUUACUGGUGUAAAGGUGACUAUAUGAGUGUAAUUUCAUGUCUAGAGGGCUCUAAUAAUGUUAGAAAACACAUUUGGAAGGAUGUAAACAGGUGCUCUAAGUAUGACAAUAUUUCAUUUAUAAAUAAUGAAUCAUAUAUUUAUCAGGCUAGGGUCUGGGAGCAAUUCCCCGGGAUAGGAGGGAUUACUGUACAGGGUAUAUCCAUGUGACCAGUGGUAUUAGGAUGUCAACAUUGCAGACUGAUCAAUAAAGAAGGUCACACACACACAGGAGCACUGGUGUGUUGGGUUGGGGGGUACAUUCUAAAAACACGAUAUAGCAUGAAAAUCUAAACAUAAAACACACACACACACACACACACACACACACACACACACAAAAAGAAAAUCUAAACAU